AUAAAAUAAAUAAAUCGUCAGUCGCGCAACGCAGCACAUACUUUGUUGAGCGAGAAAUUAGGCAAACUAAUAAUAAGUUGUGGACGAUGGCCAGCAGUGGCAGUGGUCAAGCAUCGCCGCCGUAUAGACCCUACCGCCACCUCAAGACCCUUCGCGGCCAUGAAAACGCCGUGUCGUGCGUCAAGUUCUCAAACGAUGGCGACCUGCUGGCCUCGGCGUCGCUCGACAAGACCGUCAUCCUCUGGUCCUCCUCCGCCCUAACUCUUCUCCGCCGCCUCGUCGGCCACUCCGAAGGCAUCUCCGACCUUGCUUGGUCCUCCGACUCCCACUACAUCUGCUCCGCCUCCGACGACCGCACCCUCCGCAUCUGGGACGCACGCUCCUCCGCCGGCGAGUGCGUCAAGACCCUCAAAGGCCACUCCAACUUCGUUUUCUGCGUCAAUUUCAAUCCACAAUCCAACCUCAUCGUCUCCGGCUCAUUCGACGAAACGAUUCGUAUUUGGGAGGUCAAGACGGGGAAGUGCCUCCACAUCAUCAGGGCUCACUCGCUGCCUGUGACCUCCGUGCACUUCAAUCGAGAUGGGUCGCUCAUCGUCUCCGGCAGUCACGACGGGUCUUGCAAGAUUUGGGACACAGCAUCAGGGACUUGCUUGAAGACGCUCCUUGAGGAUAAGACCGCUGCAGUCUCCUUCGCUAAGUUUUCGCCUAAUGGCAAGUUCAUACUCGUCGCCACUCUCAAUGACACCCUCAAGCUGUGGAACUACUCAACUGGGAAGUUUUUGAAGAUCUAUACAGGUCAUGUGAACAACGUGUAUUGCGUAACAUCCACAUUUUCUGUGACAAAUGGUAAAUACAUUGUUAGUGGCUCGGAGGAUCACUGUGUCUACUUAUGGGAUCUUCAGCAGAAAACUAUGGUGCAGAAACUUGAAGGCCAUUCUGAUACUGCCAUCUCCGUUUCCUGUCAUCCAUCAGAAAAUAAGAUUGCCUCUGCAGCUCUUGAAAAUGAUAGAACUGUCAGGAUUUGGUUUCAAGAUGCUUAAUAACAUGAAGUUUUCAGAUAAACAACCAUUUUCCCCUAUUGUAAACAUUAGUAUCUAAUUUGGGAUAGAGCUGUAAACAUUAGUUUUCAUAACUUCCAACCUUCUUUUUGCACUUGUUAACCUUUGUCGGUAAUCAAAGAUGAUUCAUUUUAA